AUGUUCAUUGGCCUUACUGUUGUUGUUGUGGUUUCCUAUUCUAAUGCGACCGAUCCUGUUUCGGAAAUGAGGUUUCAAUCAAUAUUUCACUUGUUUGUCACUCAAUUUUUGUCAGUUCACCUCUUCCAACCUUCAGGUUACUUUGCCUUCAGGGUAUUUUUCAAGUCUUGGCCACGAGAUUCUGUAUGUUCCUUUUUCCUUUCUUGA